AUGGCGCGCGCCCUCCUCCGCCACCGCGGCGCGCUCCCCUCUCUCCUCUCGCCGGCCGCCCCCACGGCGCCCAGGCUGGUCCCGUCAUUCUCCUCCGCCGCCGCCUCCUCCCUCGCGUCGCUGCGCUCCCCGCUCGACGAACGCCUGCUCCGCCUCCUGAGCUCCGAGAUCUCCUACGUCGCCGACCGCCGCCCUCCCCACCAGCCGCCGACGGGCUUCAAAUCCUUCGCCGUGGAGGACCGCCCGGGGGAGCAGUGGGUGCGCCUCCGCGCCGCCCGCCGAGGCGCCGGGGCCGGGGAGGAGGCCAUCAAGAUCGACGCCACCUUGUUCGACGGCGUCGCGGAGCUGCCCCCCGACGCGUCCCUCUUCAACCGGGUCGAGGCGCUCGAGCAAGGGCCGCGCCUCCACCUCAGCCUCAUCGUCGAGGUGGCCCGCGCCGACCGCGUACUGGGAUUCAUCUGCUCCGCCUGGCCCGACCAACUCGCCGUCCGCCACGUGCUCACCCUCAGGGGCACCGGCGCCGCCACCGACGACCGCGGUGCCCGCGACUUCACGUACGGUCUAGUUUUCCGCAGGAAGCUGGAGCCUGCGGAGAGGGAGGCGGUGAAGAAGUUCCUGCAGGAGAGGGAGGUGGAUGCCGAGCUUGCGGAGUUCUUGCACGACUACGUUGCGAACAAGGAGAAGAUGGAGAUGCUCCAGUGGCUGAAGACAGUCGAAUCGUUCGUCGAGAAGUAA